UGGAUUAGUUCAAAUGUCUUUGCUAGCGUCAGCCUUACAAUUGAACCAAUCACCGACGAAGGGGCGUUGACUAAGGCUAUCGAACUUCGGCUUGACUACAGAAGAAGAAGAAGAAAAAUAAGAAAAUAAUGUCGUGUGCACGAACAUCCGACAAAAACCGUUACCGAAAACCAAAACCGUUACCGAAGACCAAAACCGUUACCGAAGACCAAAACCGUCACAAAAUGUCGUCAUAAUAUAUGCCGUACCGAACUGUUUUGGAUGCGAAGCAUGCCGUUAUUAGACGGGAGAGUGACACACACACAUAUAUAUAUAUAUAUAUAUAUAUAUAUUGUUGCCUGAACUGAGGGACCCGAAUUAGCUAUUGUGCUAAACCGAGUCGCUGCUAACUAGCUAGCUUGUUAUCGUGUGUUUUAGUCAGACAUUUAGCUAGCGUUAGCUAAGGUUUACAGAGUACCUACCACCUGAAUACCCUUUCUCAGGUUGCGAGCACGUCCUAGCUAGUUAGCCAUGUUGACUUGUAGCGAACAUUAACUACAUCGAUUUAAGUCAACAGUAACUAGCUAAAAUGCAGUCACACCGGCUACAAGUUAUCUGCUAACGCGUUAGCUAGCUAAGGUUUAUUUCGGUUCGGGCACAGUAGGCAGGGGUCUGUCCUGUUUGCCCUCCGAUUUGGGGUUUGCUUUCAUCUGUCAAACUGAGGAUUCACAAACCCGGUGGCUGUCGGAGGUGUGACGUCAUCGCCCGGUGCUCUUCAUCGAGGAGCCGGGAUCUGAUUGGUCCGUUUGGGUUGCGGCUGGCGGGCUGGCUCCUCCCCCUCCCGGCGGCAGCGUGCGUUCCCAGCUGCCUCCCUGCACCCCACGCUCGCCCGGCCUGCUCGCCCAUGCCCCCGCCACCCCCACCAGGCCCUCCAACGCCAUGUGCCUUCCCCACACCAUGGAAGCAGCAACGGGGAAGCACGGAGCGAGUCAGGCAGGGUUAGGCCUCGGGGGGCUGGGCCAGGGGGGGCGGCGGUGUGGAGGGGUACCACUAGAGCCCUUCGUACACCAGGUGGGAGGGCACACCAGUAUGAUGCGUUACGACGACCACACGGUGUGUAAACCCCUCAUCAGCCGGGAGCAACGCUUCUACGAGUCGCUGCCUCCGGAGAUGAAGGAGUUUACAGCAGAGUACAAAGGCAUGGUGUUGGUAUGUUUUGAGGGGGAUAUUGACGGAUACAUCAACUUGGUAGCGUACCCGUAUGUGGAGAGCGAGAUCCUGGACCACGAGGACCUCCCGGAGAGGGACCAACCCCGGAGGAAACACUCCCGGCGCAGCCUCCUCCGCUCCACCUCCGAGAUCAAGGAGGAGAGGCUACCACACGAGAGCGACAGCACUGAGAAUCUCCAGGAGCUGAAGAGUCCUCGUCUAGAGCUCCAGAUCUACAGUGAUAUUCCCUUCCAGAUGCUGGAUAACAACAGCGGCCUGGGCUCAGAGAAGAUCAGCCACAACCCCUGGAGCCUCCGCUGUCACAGGCAGCAGCUCAGCCGCAUGAGAUCAGAGUCCAAGGACAGGAAGCUCUACAAGUUUCUGCUCCUGGAGAACGUGGUUCACCUCUUCAGCUACCCGUGCAUCCUGGACCUGAAGAUGGGCACGCGGCAGCAUGGGGACGAUGCCUCGGAGGAGAAAGCAGCCAGGCAGAUGCAGAAGUGCGAGCAGAGCACCUCCGCCACCCUGGGGGUUCGUGUCUGUGGGAUGCAGGUGUACCAGAUGGAUACGGGCCACUAUCUGUGCAGGAACAAGUACUACGGCCGCAGCCUGUCCAUCGAGGGCUUCCGCCACGCCCUCCACCAAUACCUGCACAACGGGGCGUCGCUCAGGAAGGACCUGUUUGAGCCCAUGCUGUGUAAGUUACGCAGCCUGAAGGCCAUUCUGGAGAGACAGACCACCUACCGCUUCUACUCAUCCUCCCUGCUAAUCAUCUAUGAGGGGAAGGAGCCUGAGCUGGCCUACGUCUGGCAGAAAGCACCACAGGAGACCUGGCAGCAGAAAGCAGCAUCACCACCACAGGCCCCGGCAGAGCCCUUAGAAAACCAAAAAACACCAGCACCACAACCAGCAGCUGAGCUGCCCUCAGAGAAGGGGGUGGCAGUCAACCCAGGGCUAGGAAUCCAAGGUGUCCAAGGACCAGGGAUGGGAGUGGGGCUCCAAGGUGUCCAAGGACCGGGGUUAGGAGUGGGGCUCCAAGGUGUCCAAGGACCAGGGAUAGGAGUGUGGCUCCAAGGACCGGGGUUAGGAGUGGGGCUCCAAGGUGUCCAAGGACCGGGGAUAGGAGUGGGGCUCCAAGGUGUCCAAGGACCAGGGUCAGGAGUGGGGCUCCAAGGUGUCCAAGGACCGGGGAUAGGAGUGGGGCUCCAAGGUGUCCAAGGACCAGGGUCAGGAGUGGGGCUCCAAGGACCGGGGAUAGGAGUGGGGCUCCAAGGUGUCCAAGGACCAGGGAUAGGAGUGGGGCUCCAAGGUGUCCAAGGCCCGGGGAUAGGAGUGGGGCUCCAAGGUGUCCAAGGACCAGGCUUAGGAGUGGGGCUCCAAGGUGUCCAAGGACCGGGGUUAGGAGUGGGGCUCCAAGGUGUCCAAGGACCAGGGAUAGGAGUGGGGCUCCAAGGUGUCCAAGGACCGGGGUUAGGAGUGGGGCUCCAAGGUGGAGUCCACCAAGGUGUCCAAGGACCGGGCUUAGGAGUGGGGCUCCAAGGUGUCCAAGGAUCAGGGAUAGGAGUGGGGCUCCAAGGCGGAGUCCACCAAGGUGUCCAAGGACCGGGCUUAGGAGUGGGGCUCCAAGGCGGAGUCCACCAAGGUGUCCAAGGACCGGGCUUAGGAGUGGGGCUCCAAGGCGGAGUCCACCAAGGUGUCCAAGGACCGGGCUUAGGAGUGGGGCUCCAAGGUGUCCAAGGACCGGGCUUAGGAGUGGGGCUCCAAGGCGGAGUCCACCAAGGGGCCCAUGGACUGACAGAAGCCCCUCUCCAGCUGCCCCAGGCAAUACCACCUCCACCAGACCACCCCCCCACGCCCGUCCCAACCCCUCCACAGCCACAGCAGCUCCACCAGGAGCCUCUCCAGCCCCUUCCACCCCAGCCCUCAGACCCCCACACCCCCCCUCCACCACUACCACUCCCCUCCAGCCCGAGCAUCAGUGUGGACGUCCGCAUGAUAGACUUUGCCCACAGCACCUUCAAAGGUUUCCGCGACGACCAGACGGUGCACGACGGGCCGGAUCGGGGCUACGUGUUUGGAUUAGAGAGCCUCAUCAAGAUCCUAGAGGGCCUCCGAGAGGAGAACCUGUAGUAGCCGAACCUGGGACUGACGAAUUGGUCUUGUCUCAAAUGGAUGGUACCCCCUAUUCACUAUGUAGUACACUACUUUUGAACAGGGCCCAUAGGGUAUUAACACGUCUUCUUUCUCUUUAAUUAUUAUUAUUAUUAUUAUUUUUUUUUUUUAAAUAAAUCCCAGGGUGCAUCCAAAAAAGGGAAGCCUUACUCUUAUAAGGAUCUGGUCAAAAGUAGUGUACUAUGUAGGGAAUAGGGUGCCAUUUGGGAUGUACCGAUGAUGGUGGUUCAGGAGAAGACUUACUGACACAUCUUCAGAUGUCCUCCUCUCCCUCAGUGCUACUACCCGCUACCCUGUCCUCAAUGACUCUGUUUUGGAGCAAGAAAAGCACAUUAUCUGUAAUAAGAAACCUGAUGGAGCAGUGAUCUGUAAUAAGAAACCUGAUGGAGCAGUGAUCUGUAAUAAGAAACCUGAUGGAGCAGUGAUCUGUAAUGAGGAUCUGAUGGAGCAAUGAUCUGUAAUAAGAAGGACCCGAUGGAGCAAUGACCUGUAAUAAGAAGGACCCGAUGGAGCAAUGACCUGUAAUAAGAAGGACCCGAUGGAGCAAUGACCUGUAAUAAGAAGGACCCGAUGGAGCAAUGACCUGUAAUAAGAGGGAUCUGAUGGAGCAGUGAUCUGUAACGAGGACCUGAUGGAGCAGUGAUCUGUAAUGAGGACCUGGUGGAGCAGUGAUCUGUAAUAAGGACAUGAUGGAGCAAUGAUCUGUAAUGAGAAGGAUCUGAUGGAGCAAUGAUCUGUAAUAAGGACCUGGUGGAGCAAUGAUCUGUAAUAAUAAGGACCUGAUGGAGCAGUGAUCUGUAAUGAGGACCUGAUGGAGAAGUGAUCUGUAAUAAGGACCUGAUGGAGCAAUUAUCUGUAAUGAAGGAUCUGAUGAAGCAAUGAUCUGUAAUAAGGACCUGGUGGAGCAAUGAUCUGUAGUAAGGACCUGGUGGAGCAAUGAUCUGUAAUGAGGACCUGGUGGAGCAAUGAUCUGUAAUGAGAAGGAUCUGAUGGAGCAAUGAUCUGUAAUGAGAAGGAUCUGAUGGAGCAAUUAUCUGUAGUAAGGACCUGGUUGGAGCAGUGAUCUAAUGAGGAUAUGAUGGAGCAAGGAUCUGUAAUGAGAAAGACCUGAUGGCGCAGUGAUCUGUAACGAGGACCUCAUGGAGCAAUGAUCUGUAAUAAGAAGGAUCUGAUGGAGCAGCGAUCUGUAACGAGGACCUGAUGGAGCAGUGAUCUGUAGUAAGGAGGACCUGAUGGAGCAGUGAUCUGUAGUAAGAAGGACCUGAUGGAGCAGUGAUCUGUAGUAAGAAGGACCUGAUGGAGCAGUGAUCUGUAGUAAGAAGGACCUGAUGGAGCAGUGAUCUGUAGUAAGAAGGACCUGAUGGAGCAGUGAUCUGUAGUAAGGAGGACCUGAUGGAGCAGUGAUCUGUAGUAAGGAGGACCUGAUGGAGCAGUGAUCUGUAGUAAGGAGGACCUGAUGGAGCAGUGAUCUGUAGUAAGAAGGACCUGAUGGAGCAGUGAUCUGUAGUAAGAAGGACCUGAUGGAGCAGUGAUCUGUAGUAAGAAGGACCUGAUGGAGCAGUGAUCUGUAGUAAGGAGGACCUGAUGGAGCAGUGAUCUGUAGUAAGGAGGACCUGAUGGAGCAGUGAUCUGUAGUAAGGACCUGAUGGAGCAGUGAUCUGUAGUAAGGAGGACCUGAUGGAGUAGUGAUCUGUAGUAAGGAGGACCUGAUGGAGCAGUGAUCUGUAGUAAGGAGGACCUGAUGGAGCAGUGAUGGAAUGGAUGGAAGGCCGGGGUAUGUCUAUGCUACUGUCUGACAGUAAAGGUGAAAGGCCGUGACCUUAGACUGUAAAUGUCACUCCUUUCUGACUGUUGUGCUCCUAGAAUUAGAGACACAAACUUAAAGGGAGUGUCUACAGCCGUGUGUGUAUCCUAUCAAUCCUCCUGGACAGAAAUGGCUGCCAUUCCUCUGAGGGAAACAUAAAAAGGGCAAUGUCUGCCUUGUGGGUUUUGUCGCCACUGAGUGGCCAACUGAAGUAUUGCAUUGAAGAAAAGGCACAAGAUGGAUUUGGUUUUGAAAGUAGUGAAGCCACUGCUCAGGGCAAGUCCAGGUCCUGUUUCGGGCCCAAAUGGCAUCCUAUUCCAAUUUUCUCGUGCACUACUUUUGAUCUGGGCCCACAGGGAAACCCAUAGGGCUCUGGUCAAAAGUAGUGCACUACAAAGUGGAUGGGUGCCAUUUGGGACAUAGCCCCUGUCUCUGCUGUGGGACUGGUACAGAGACUGUCUCUGCUGUGGGACUGGUACAGAGACUGUCUCUGCUGUGGGACUGGUACAGAGACUGUCUCUGCUGUGGGACUGGUACAGAGACUGUCUCUGCUGUGGGACUGGUACAGAGACUGAAGUGUGUAUACGUCAAUAUGUGUUAAGGGACAGUGGGGGGAAGUCUCCAUACAGCCGUAGUCCCUAGUCUCCAUACAGCCGUAGUCCCUAGUCUCCAUACAGCCGUAGUCCCUAGUCUCCAUACAGCCGUAGUCCCUAGUCUCCAUACAGCCGUAGUCCCUAGUCUCCAUACAGCCGUAGUCCCUAGUCUCCAUACAGCCGUAGUCCCUAGUCUCCAUACAGCCGUAGUCCCUAGUCUCCAUACAGCCGUAGUCCCUAGUCUCCAUACAGCCGUAGUCCCUAGUCUCCAUACAGCCGUAGUCCCUAGUCUCCAUACAGCCGUAGUCCCUAGUCUCCAUACAGCUGUAGUCCCUAGUCUCCAUACAACUGUAGUCCCUAGUCUUCAUACAGCUGUAGUCCCUAGUCUCCAUACAACUGUAGUCCCUAGUCUCCAUACAACUGUAGUCCCUAGUCUCCAUACAGCUGUAGUCCCUAGUCUCCAUACAGCUGUAGUCCCUAGUCUCCAUACAGCUGUAGUCCCUAGUCUCCAUACAGCUGUAGUCCCUAGUCUCCAUACAUCUGUAGUCCUAUCAGAGGUUUCAUAGAUGAGCAACUUUGCUUACAGGCUGAUGUUUGUCAUGAAAAGCAAGGGUUAAUACAUUAUUUUCCCUCCUUGAUAAAGAGGUUGAAAAAUAAAUAAAAACCCAGAGUACCUCUGAAAUUGGCACCCUAAUUCCCUAAUGAAGUGCACUACUUUUAAGGCUCCAGAGUCCUAUGGGUUAUGUAUCCCUGGUCAAAGCCAGUGCAUUACAUAGGGACUAGGCCCCAGCCUUCAGGCUUCAAUUGAAAUACAGCACAGCUCUGUGUCUCCCCAAAUGGUUAUCUAAUUUAUUAACAGGUCACAGUUUUAUUAUUGUUGCUUUCUAUGGUUAGUAUCUUGCUUAUUCUGUUCUAAAUAGAGCCACCGACCGUUUCAUUUAAAGGUAUCCAACUCAUUUUCGAACGUUGCCAUGGGCACAGCCAAACAACAGAAGUGAUUCAUUCGACUUCCACUUUAUUUCCCUACUGCUGUGCGCCAGUGGCAAACUUGCCAGAGUUAUUUAUUUGAGUCAAAGACAAUAAAAGUCAGAUAAACAAGUGUAAUGUUAUAUUAUUGAAUUUGAGUUUGCUAACGUUAGCUAGACCUACCGGUAGGCUAGUUCUGUUGUGAUAAUAACGUUAGCUAGACCUACCGGUAGACAAGUUCUGUUGUGAUAAUAACGUUAGCUAGACCUACCGGUAGGCUAGUUCUAUUGUGAUAAUAACGUUGACUUUACCUACCGGUAGGCUAGUUCGGUUGUGAUAAUGACGUUAGCUUGACCUACCGGUAGCAUGGUUCUGUUGUGAUAAUAACGUUAGCUCGAUCUACCGGUAGGCUAGUUCUGUUGUGAUAAUAACGUUAGCUAGACCUACCGGUAGGCUAGUUCUGUUGUGAUAAUAACGUUAGCUAGACCUACCGGUAGGCGAGUUCUGUUGUGAUAAUAACGUUAGUUUGACCUACCGGUAGCAUGGUUCUGUUGUGAUAAUAACGUUAGCUCGAUCUACCGGUAGGCUAGUUCUGUUGUGAUAAUAACGUUAGCUAGACCUACCGGUAGGCUAGUUCUGUUGUGAUAAUGACGUUAGCUAGACCUACCGGUAGGCUAGUUCUGUUGUGAUAAUAACGUUAGCUCGAUCUACCGGUAGGCUAGUUCUGUUGUGAUAAUGACGUUAGCUUGACCUACCGGUAGCUAGUUCUGUUGUGAUAACGUGAGCUUGACCUGCCGGUAGGCUAGUUCUGUUGUUAUAAUAACGUUAGCUAGACCUACCGGUAGGCUAGUUCUGUUGUGAUAAUAACGCUAGCUGGGCCUACUGGUAGGCUAGUUCUAUUGUGGCAGAGUUAAGGCCCGGGCCAUCCACCAAGCCAAUAACUAUAAUGAUAAACUAUAGGCUACAUAACUAUAAAACGUUGGUGAGCAUCCACGCUAGAGGGAAGUUUGUUUUAUCGUUUUACAAUCCUACACCUGUCAAUCAACUGAUCGACGUAUCCUACUGCAAGCCGCUAUUAAUAAAGUGGUGACACAAGACCAUUCAGUGCUUUCAGGGUGUGUUUGUCAUAGUGGGAACCGCAUAUAGUAGACGACUUCAAUGUACAUGUCCGCCUAAUGGGAAAAAACUAUGUAGUAACUCGUAUUUAAAUGUAGCAUUUCAACAACAAACGCUGUUUAGCCUGCACAUCUUUUACAGCAUGUCAUUACCUCAUUGCUCAAGUGGUUUCCAUUUCACUGUUCUCAUCUCUGUUUGUCCUGUGCAAGUAUUUGCAAUGCAUCAGGACAUGAAAAUUAUCACGUGGCCAAAACUGAUCCCAUCAAUGCCACGAUCUCUCUUCAACUUUCCUCACCAUCAUUUUACAUGCUCUAGGCCUGUUUUUACAUUCAGCAAUUAGCAAGAUCAAGACUAUUUCCUUCCCCAAAUAGAAUAAAAACAGAUUUAAAUAAAUGUCCUGUCGCUUUUGUAGCCUAUAGCUUUUCCUGGCAUUUCACGAAAAGAGACAAUGGCGUAUUGCGGAGAGGCUUGCGUAGCCUAUAGCCUGUUGCGCACAGGUACUUCUGGAAGAGAGAGGCUAGUGAAUUGUAGUUGAAGGAAGAAGCAACAUGUUAGCUAGAUAUUAACCUGCCAAAGUGCAAAGAAAAAUAACUUAACAGAUGAUGAAACGGUAGAUGCAUCGGUUCGUUCCUCCAGGCUGUGCUCUUGUAACAGAUGUGAAAUGGCUAGCUAGUUAGCGGUGGUGCGCGCUACUCUGUGGUCCCCGACUCGUAAAGGACAAUAACAUUAUUCUACCCUGGGCUACAACAACAACAGUGCAAUGAGGAAUCUAUUAUUGUUAUCUAGUGAGUACACCAUUUUUAUUUUUUUGUCCAUAGGCUGUAGUGAUGUAGGCUUGUUUGAAUAACCGCUCACGCUUCCUGCCGAAAUAACAGCCUAGGUCAUUUUUACGUAACCGUCCGGGUCUAUUCUUCACAUUUGAGAAGGUCCAGAAAGGUUACAUUAACAGGCCACUCGUAUGGUGUUAGACCUAUUUUGUCAGGAUGAAACCCUGUGUUGAGAUUCUACUAUAGGAAAGUAUCCACGUUUUCACUACACUCCGCUCGUUAAUGCUGUUUUACAUUCAGCAAGCAAGGGUGCAAUCUCUCCUCCAGUAGGCUAUCAGUACGCUAAAGGAAAUACGUGAGCAACAAGCUUUUGUUGUCAGGCUUUUACCCGGGACUCCGAAUGAUUUUUAGAGGAAUCGCCGUGGCAGCGGAGAGGACAGGCGCGUCGUUGCGCCACACAACAAUGAAGACCGACAAGGCUCCAGAUGUAGCCUGGACCCUACAUUAGAAGCGUAUACAUAUUAGCCAAUAAUUCAUAAGCUCAGUGUAAGGCUUAAUACUGCAGUGAAUAGCCAGUUUCAAGUGAGUGGGGAAAACUAGUUUUGGCUGUGAACCUGCACUGAAUAGCCUAUGUCAUUUUGAAUAACAAUUCAAAAGCCUGCCGUUUUUUUAAAUUUUAUUUUAUGCAUAUUGAUUUGGAAAUAAACUCAUCUAGCCUGUCUGAUUAGGAAACCAUUUGGGGAUUUGUUCUCGGCAGUUUAGUCUGAAAGGUCCAGGCACAUUAGCAGAACAGUAAAAGGUUGUAUCAGCUAUCAGGAACAUGGUAUUGCAGGGAUAUUUGUAUAUUGUUUUUUUAUUAUGAUAAUGUUGAAGAAGUUGUAUCCAUAGUUUCGUCAUUUGGCUUCCGUGUUUAAAAAGCGUUUGAAAAUGAGGUGGAUAUAAUAUUAUUAUUGUUUAUUUUUUCCUCCCUAUACCAGAGUCUGGUAGUUAGGCCCGUCCCAGUCCAGGUAUACCAUUGGGACACUGUAUAAAACAUAUCCUUUAGUCCAGACACAUUGAUGCCCCUCUCUGUUUUACAAACUAAGCCUUUCUCUCAUUUUAGGAUCUUUUUUAAUGUGCGCUGUAGAAGGUGUAUUGAAAGCCUGAUUCUUUCUUAUUUUUUAUAGUACUCGUUUUCUUUUGGGGGGCGGUUAAGUCACGUCAAGGGGCAGACUAGAGACCUGGCUUCAAAUAGGUUUCAAAUCAUUUCAAAUACUUUUUAGCAGGGUUUUAAUUGAAAAAUAAAUAAAAACCCAGUGUAUGUCUGAAAUUGCACCCUAUUGCCUGGCAAAAUGUAACCAAUAGAAUAGUCUCAAAACUGCAAAUCCCGCCUAUGGCCUGGCCCUCCAGGCAAGCAGGCUAAAGAAAAAGCAUUUGAACCCAGGUCUGCUACUCUCUCACCACCGAUACACAGUGAACCCUUGUCCUCCAUCUUAGCACAUGUAGCAGAAUGAUAGUAGAGACUCCUCCUUCACCACUCUCACCCUCUUCUUCUCCUGUGUCCUCCUCCCUCUGUUCCCCAGCCCACUCACCAUAGUCUGUUAGUCUAGUGUCACCCAGUUGGUUAGGAUGUCUCUCUCUCUCUGUGUGUAGAUUGGUUGAACAAUGGUGCACUGUAGCUUUAAGUCACUUUGAUACAUUUUUUUUAUGUGGAUUCUUUUUUCUUCUUCUCUGCCCUGGCACGGUUGCAGGUCUUGUCUUAGUUUAAUAUCUUUGACAGGGUUUCAAAAUUCCCAGGUUUUCCACAUCCCAGUUAGAAGAAUCCCAGACUCAGAGGAUGAAAUAGGCUGGUUCCUGCUUAUCAGGACUUCUGGGGAUAUGUGGAAAGUUACCAGGAACACUUUGCUACUCUACUCUGACUACAAAGCACUAGGAUGCUAUAAUAUUGUAUCUUUACGUAUAACUAAUAUUAUCUACUGCUACACAAGUACAUGAACUGACUUGGAUGUGGCCAGAACUGUAAAAAACUCAAUUUCAACACAUGCAAUCCAAUGUUGAAAAACAGACACUGUAGAAUUACAGGUUUUCUAUUGGUUUAGAGUUCUAUCUAUCUACUACAUGCAUGCUGAUUCUAUUCUGAUUCUAGAACCAAUUCUAUGUGUGUUUCUAUUGGGCAUUAUGGAGAAAAUGUAGUCUCCCGCAAAAGUCACACUUCUCGUCACAACUGUUAAAAAUUGUUGUUUUCUUACCCCCAGAGUUCCAAAUUCAUUCUUAUUUAUUCAAGACCUUUUCUUUAAACUAAUUUAUAUGGAAAAAUAUGAUAAUGGAAUUUCCACCUGUGGGGAAGGGUGGCCUCUUUAUCAGUCUACUUGGCAGGGCUUUGUAAUGUGUUAUUGUCCAAAAAUACAUUUUUCAGGUUGAUUAACCCAGAAAAAAAAAAUGCUUUGGAGGGACAAUGUAGUUUUUAGAUGGAAGGGGAAAAAAACUAUUUCAAGAUGCCAAAAUAAAUAUAUUUUCAAAGCAGCUUACUAUCUUCCAAAAAACGGGAAAUAGUUUGUUUGUUUGAACCUUUUUUAAAAAGUGGGCAUUUGUGUUAAAUUAAUAAGUCUACAUCGCAGCGAUACAAACCACGAAACGUGUGCUGUGUCAGACAAAGUAUCCAAUCGAAAUGGCACCCUAUUCCCGCUAUAUAGUAGUGCACUACUUUUUCGGGUUAAAAGUAUGGCACUAUGAAGGGAAUAGGGUGCCAUUUUGAACUCACCCAAAGAUAAUAAAGGAAUAAUAAUGUCAAAGUAAUAAGUAGUCAAAGUAAUACAAGAGGGAAAGAAGAAUCCAAUCCAGAGUCUAUACAAAGGGAUCUGGGAAGGAGAAGUGUCCUCCUCUGUGGUGGAUGUUAUUUGUCUUUACAUAGAUCUGAAAAAUUACUUGUAGAAGAAAAAAUAUAUAUAUAUAUUACCCCCAAAGGUAUCUUUUUCCUUUUGUUGUUGUUGCAUGGAUGGAUAUUUUUUUACGAAUUAUAAUAUGACAUCUUUAUGACAACUUUGAAUGUGAGCUAUAAAACCAUUUAUUUAAGAAAUAAAUGUUUCUGUGUUGUC